AGAGUAGGUGUCCGAGCUGGAGGUGAUGGAGCAGGAGCCAUGAAGGAUUUAAAGGGAGGGGAGGCUGUGUCUCUGGAGAUGGCCUGGGGUGAGCCCCCUGAUCCUGUGGCUGUGUACCGUGAGAAGCAGGGAAGGCUCCCUGGAGGAGGUGAGCUUUGGGCUGAGGAAGGUGGAUGUGUCUCACAGUGGCCCCUGUAACCUAGGCACCUAUGCAGAGUCUGGGCACAUUUGCUGGCCUGGGGCAUCUGGAUUUCUGGUUGGGGUGGGUGGGGCCUGACAGUCCUCUCAAGGUGGGUGACGGAGUCUGGAUUUAGUUGAGGGGCAGGGAGAUGGGGGUCCCCAGGGUCCUGGAGAGGUUGAUCAGAGCUUCUGCCCGCCUGAAGUUUGGGCCCUGACAGCCUCCCCAGUGACGUUUGCCAUCCCCCACCCUGCCAUGUGCGGAGCCACGAGCAGAGGCCACCUCCCUGCCCAAUGCCCCCCCUUCCCAGGCUGACGGGACACAUCCUGUCCCCGGCCGGGGCAGGGGCCUUGAGUCACAGUGGCCUGGGGUUGGAACCGGGCUCAGCUGUAGAGGCUGCCGCACCUGUGGAGAGCUCCGGUUUUGGCCUUGCUGACUGCUCACCUGCCGCCUGGCUGGCCGUCACGGGCGCCGGGCACCGCCUGCCUUCUUCCCUGCCACAAGCCCAGAGCUGAAGCGCUGCAGCAUGGCGCGCGGCUGCCUGCAGGGCGUCAAGUACCUCAUGUUCGCCUUCAACCUGCUCUUCUGGCUGGGCGGCUGCGGCAUCCUCGGCGUCGGCAUCUGGCUGGCGGCCACGCAGGGGAACUUCGCCACCUUGUCCUCCUCCUUUCCGUCCCUGUCGGCCGCCAACCUGCUUAUCGUCGCCGGCACCUUCGUGAUGGCCAUCGGCUUUGUGGGCUGCAUCGGGGCCAUCAAGGAGAACAAAUGCCUUCUGCUUACCUUCUUCGUGCUGCUGCUGCUGGUGUUCCUGCUGGAGACCUCCCUCGCCAUCCUCUUCUUCGCCUACACUGACAAGAUCGACAGGUACGCACAGCAGGACCUGAAGAAGGGCCUGCACCUGUAUGGCACCCCGGGCAACGUGGGCCUCACCAACGCCUGGAGCAUCAUCCAGACAGACUUCCGCUGCUGCGGGGUCUCCAGCUACACGGACUGGUUCGAGGUCUACAACGCCACGCGCGUGCCCGACUCCUGCUGCCUGGAGUUCAGCGAGAGCUGCGGGCUGCACGCGCCCGGCACCUGGUGGAAGGCGCCGUGUUACGAGACGGUGAAGGUGUGGCUGCAGGAGAACCUGCUGGCCGUGGGCGUCUUCGGGCUGUGCACAGCGCUGGUUCAGAUCUUGGGCCUGACCUUCGCCAUGACGAUGUACUGCCAGGUGGUGAAGGCUGACACCUACUGCGCGUAGGCUGCCAGCUGCCCGCCACCCCUGCUUCGCUGCCGAAGGACGUCACCCCUGGGGAGACAACCGUGUCCCCACCUGCCUCUCCCACUACAGGACCUCUCACCAGCCCAGGCAUGGGCACAGGAGGAGCAGGCAGCUAGAGCCCCCAGGGCUCCCAGCCAGGCCUGUGAGCGUGGCUUCCGGCGCUUCUUACCCCCAGGCGUCCUCCAGAGCAGUGUCUUCCCCUGCAGCCCUGUCCCGGGCAGGGGGCUGGGGUGGGAGGUGAGGGGUUGACCACUGGUCCUGGUGCUCGAGGCGGGUCUGCAGCCCUGUCCACCCACAUUCCACAGCAGGGCCAGGGCUGGCUCUGCGUGUGUCUUAAUAAAGUGUGUGGGCAGCAGCCCCCCA